UUUGAGGUGUUAUUGUGUAAUAUGUUCCAGCACUCUGGAUGAGAAAUAAUUGCUCUUCCUUUGAACACAACAUAGAGAGAGGCCGGUUUCUAUUACAUAUUGUUCAUUAUUGCUGUAACCUGCAGUUGUUAAAUGAGUCGAAUCUUCAAGUUGGUGCAAAACAUAUGGAAGAACUUGUUAAAACAUGUUUGUGUUUCAAUUAUUUGCUCUCAGUACAAGAUUUUUCUGUGUCCGCAAGCCAGAGGGGACAUUACCAAACUGAGGUGGAUGUGAGCUCAAUCUCAACUCAGAUCUGCUCCAAUCCAGGUACAACUUGUGGUAGAAAUAUCUCCAAUUCUCCAUGGAAACCAGGAAUGCUGAACACUCCAGGUACUGGAAACCAAAAAUCACUUAACAGACUCCGAGUUGGCAGAGGACGUGGAAAGAGUAGAGGUGUCUGGCUGAAUUCUGAGGCUUCAGUUCUGAAGAGCUCCAAAUAUUCCCACCACCCAUCUCACAUCACAUCGCCUCUCCCAAAGAAUAAGGGUACCAACUUCACUGGAGAGGUGAAGAGAAAACAGACAGCUGAUGAGAUAAUUCAGUCUCAAGAGAAAAACUGCACCAGUCUGUACCUCCUGGAGGAGCAGCAACGAUUGACACUGGAGCGGGAAGCCAGACUUCAGGUGGAAAUAAAUAAACUGCACAAGGAGCUGAGCGAACAGAAGCAGCUCCUGAAGGAGAACCACGACGUCAUGCGGCAGUUACAGGAGCAGCUUAUGAAGGUGCAGUCCCAACAGUUCCGGAGCAACAUCCAGGCAGAACGAGGACAUGCGAUCAAAAGCACAGCCAAACCAGAGAGUAAAGUCUGCACUGUAAUGUAAAAUGGAUUUUAAUAUAUAUUUAUCAACAAGCACAUCUCGUCUGCCAGCUUUUAUUCCAAGGACUAAUAUUGCCGUUUGCACACUGUAUGGUCCAGCACUGAACAGAGUGGGUCAGAGUCACGAGUUGUGUGGUUCUGCAGCUUAAAGCACCGAAACUCCUGGCUUCGCUGCCAUGGUAACGCUGUACUCAAGAGAGACUAUGCAAAUGAAUAAGAUGAAAGGCGCCCGAUUUGACUUUUAGCCCCAUUCUCUCUUCUGCCCUCCCCCCUCGAUUCUCUUUGAAGCUCUCAAAGUCCACCCUGGAGACAGCUGCCCACCUAUCAGGGCAGUCAUUCCCUCUGAUAAAGCACCUGAACCAAUUCAGCAAGGGUUAAAGUUCAAGUGAAACUCAAGAUGGCUCAGGUCAAGCUGCUGUGUGUGGAGUUUGGGCCCUUCUAUAGUUUCUUGGUGUGGUUUGUUGCUCCACCCGUCUCUGAUACCUGACACUCUCUGAAAGAAUGCUAUUUAAGUUUGGGAUGGUAUUUCUCAAAAGCCUUUCUGCAGUUCACAUACAGCAUGAAACUACUUCAGUUAGUUCCAAACUUCAGAUCCCGAAUAAUAUUAAGCAUUGGUUUUAGAUAUCAAAAUCUGUGCAGCAUUAGACGGUACAAGACUACUUUUCUUGAAUGGAAGUUGAAAAUAAAAUAACCACAAAACCUAA